UCGGGGCGCUGUCGUGGCGAUGUCAGUGGGGCCGUGUACCGCGUAGUGUGAGCGUCGGACACCGCCGCCACCGACCGUCUCUUGGAUACCACCCUCUGGCUCCGGUAUGACGUGCCUGGGGCCGUGUGACGUCAGCCUGUGUGUAGUGUGACGUAACGUGGCAGUGACAGUGCCGUAGUGAAGUGUGACGUGUGACGUGUGACGCGUGCUGUGACACACACCGAUGCAUUCCAGUAGCAUUCCGUGCGAGCGCGGCCAGUGACGCCCACCCCCGGGGAGAUGGGGCCAUGUGCGUCUCGGAACGGGGAGACACCGUGGGGGGAGCCACGAUAGAGCGAGGGGGGUCGCUCAGCCCCCUGGGGCCCCCGCAGGCCGAGGGGCGCCGACCACGCCGUCACCAUCUCCACAGACACCGCCACACUUCGCUCUCCCUCUACCGCAGACUCUUCAACUUCGUCAAGCAAGCAUGGACCGGAGUCAAGUUCGCUCUAGAUUCCGAGCUAGAGGACCUAGAGACGCCACCCCGUUACCGACCCGACAGUCUCGCCGCUCUCAGCCGAGCCACGAGGUUCACCGAGCCCGAACUCAAGAGGAUCUACCGUGGCUUCAAGGCCGAGUGUCCUACCGGAGUCGUCAAAGAAGACACCUUCAAAGGCAUCUAUUCACAGUUCUUCCCGAAAGGAGCUAACACGAGUCAGUACGCCCAUUAUGUGUUCAACUCGCUGGACCAGGACCGAAGUGGCUUGCUCAGUUUUGAAGAUUUUGUCCAUGGGUUGUCCAUCCUCUCCCGCGGCUCUCUCGACGAGAAGCUGCGCUGGACAUUCUCCCUGUACGACAUCAACGGCGACGGUCGUAUCACGCGCGAGGAGAUGACAGACAUCGUCACCGCCAUCUACGACCUCAUGGGCAAGUUCGUGGAGCCUUCGGUCGAGGAGAGUACGGUGGCAGCUAAGGUCGACAGGAUAUUCCAAAAAAUGGACCGCAACAGGGACGGUGUGGUGACGCUGGAGGAGUUCCUGGAGAGUUGUACGAGCGACGAGGAGAUUUCCAGGUCGAUGUCGGUGUUCGAUUCCUCCUUCUGACAGUCGCCUAUCAGGGCUCGGCCCUUCUGGACAUAGCGGGGUCGACGUUACGUGCUGUACUGUAUACACCAAUAAAUAUUUUAUAUAUUUCUAAAAAACACGUUCUUAGUGAAAUAUAGUUUUAUAACGAUAAUAAAUAUUCAAAUUAAUAUUUCUGUGAUGGUACGUUAAUGUGACGAGUGGGUCGCCCUACACUCCCGUCUGCAUCCAUGUAGUUAGGAGCCGGCGUUCGUUUGGGUUUUGUAAAUUAAAAGACGUUGUAGAUCAUGUACCACGUGUAGUUUUAAGGUGUAUUAGGGCGAGAUGGUGUUGUUGUAUGGUGGAAAAUAGCUUUAAUAAAUGUAACCCGGUGUGACAGAAGUGAGGCAUAGUGAGUGAUAGUAUAGCUUUUCCGAUUUUAGGGGGAGGGGAGGGAAUCAAACCUGAUUUAAAAUAAUUAACUUGUGAAAUCUUGGUAUUUAAAUAAACAGAUUUUUCAAAUUUACGUCGCUUUACAAAUUUGGUCAGAGAUUCCAUUUCAAAAAUCAAUAAAACUUGUUGUUGUUAUAACAUUAAAUUAUCGUAUAUAAUAACUUUGAUGAGAACAUAAUAAUAAUUUUUCUCAUAAUCAACGAAAAACAUUUUUAAUGAGGUCAAAAUUAGAAGGGACACACAGUGUUUGACCAUGGUAGCUGGUUAGUCCGAAAAUGGUGCGAUUCGCGCCAAUUUAGAUGACGGGAGGAAACUUCUCUUGUUUGGCGCGGUGUUUACUAUCAGAUGGUCGGGUCGUGACGUAAUUAUCCAACCGGUCCGUGUUGUCACCUCGACACUAGUGACGUCACUGUGUCUGCCUUGAGCCCGAGGUUCCCGCGUCCUCUCACGCUUGACCCAGACACUCCCUAGUUCCUAGCACCCAAACAGGCUUCUAAGUGCAUCUAACUGACUGAUCGAUCACACAGGAACUGCUCAGAAGUUACGAAUUAGGGUUUGAAAUAAUAGAAAUCAUGUGCAUUAUAGAACCGAUAGUACAGGCAAUUCUCAAUACGUCAACAACUUUUAAUGUUAAUAACUUAUGAGGCAGAUUUAAUCUUUGUUAGGGCAUAAAAAUUAGCAACUAAACUGUACCUUACGGAUUAAGAAGAAUGAAUUUCGGAUUUUCUUGGGUAUUGAACCAUAGUGUGCAAGGCUGUGCACCGGACACUCUAAUAUCAUAAUAUCUAGUCCACAUUAAAUUGUUUUGCUGUUUAAAAUCUAUAUAAUUUAGCCUAUUGUUGCGGUAAUAAAAAUACUAUAAACUUGGCCCAAAUAACCUCUAUGAAAAAUAUUAAAACGUUAUCUGUCACACGUACACCUAUACAAAUACAAAUCCAAACAAAUUUUCUUUAACGUUACACUUUUAUGAGAAAAUGUAAAAGUCUCUUACAUGCUGUUACCAUAUUAUCAACCGAAAACUCUUCCAUUUAACAGUUAAUAUUUUAAAUUUUAAAAAGACCACGCCAUUUCUAUAUAAGUUGUAUAUUGAUUUGUUUUAUAAUGGGAAAUGUAUUUAUUUUACUGGAAAAUUAAUAAAAAAGUGUUCCUCUAGCUACAUAUUCUUUCAUUGUAUGAGCACUUGCAUUUUAACAUACUUUCUAAUCAUGUCAUAUUUGAGCAAAACUUUGUCUAAGUGAAAAGGGUAAUGAAUUGUAACAAAAAUUUAAAUUAUAAGUGGGAAUGUUUUCAAUUUUGUGUCUUUAAGCCAUUUAAAAAAUAUCUUAUGAAAGGAUGACCAGUUUUCACAUCAGUUAUAUUGGAAAACUAAGGUGCUCUACAUUGUUAUUGCAGACCCUUUCUUUUAUAAUCAUGCAAGAAGUUUGCUACACGCUUUAUUUAUGAUCAUUUUAAACUAGUAUACUUUUAACUAAGAAACCAUUUUUCGUUCAAAAUUAUAAUAUAGGCCUACAUUUAAAGCUGAAAUGUGGCUUUUAGGCAAUAUUGUCUACAAAUUAAUUUAAAAAUUAAACUUUACCAAUAAAAUGUUUAAGUUAUUGUUUUGUUUAAACUAUGACCAUUGGGCAUUUUAUUUGGAUUUAAUCUGGAAAAUCCAACUGUCAAGACUUUUGUGAAUAUUGUUAUAUGUUGAUUGUUAGAAAACUAUUACCAUCGUUAUGUAGCCUAGAUUAAUGUAACAGAAAUAUUUGUGUGUAUGCCUUGACUGUGAUUUAAAUAUCAUAAUGUAAUGUUACGUGCAAGUAUUUUGUGUUGUUUUUUUACAUCAUCGGUGUGAAUUUUAAAAAAGGAAAUUUUUGGCGUUCUUCAUAUCAACAUUUCUUUUAGAAUAGUAUUAAAAACCUUAGUAUCUGGCGACUCUUGAACAGUUUCCUCGGUACUUGUAAGCCCUCUCUUGCUUUCUUGGUGUCUCUAGAAGCCUGUUUAUUGACUGUACCCAGCAAACACCGAUAAAUUGUUGUGCUAUAAAUUCGCUUCGUAUCUAUGUAUCUUGGUAAGAUACCUCUAAUUUUGCUCUUGUAAAUUAUAUUAUAUAGUGUUUGUAACCUUCCCCAUGACUUAUCGAGAAAACCGAAAAUGUACUUUUAACUUAGGCUGAAAUCAAUUCAAAUAAAACUUUUACCACGACAAUUAACGAGUUAUUUUAUUUGAGUUAUGACAAAGUCCAAAUAUCAAUGUUGUUUACUGAAUAUUUUAGCUUAACUAUUAAUUUGUAGAAUAAAUAAUUAUUUAAUCAAUACUAGAUAUUUUUGCUGGUAAUAAAAAUCUAAAAUGCUGAAAUCGUAAUACUAGAAACCUAGGACUGAAUGACUCAAAAAUUAAUGAUUUCGGAUAACUUAAUUCAUUUAAACAUGUUUUUAGCGUAAUUUAUAUUAGUGAGACAUUUUAGGCCUACUUGUCUAAAUGGCCUAAAAUAUUUUCAAUAUAAUGCAAUUAAUUAAU